CCCAUUAAGCUUGGGAUCCCUUACGGGUGGACAUAAAUUUCUGUAACUGGUCCCUUCAAUACCCCAGUACGCACGCACAUUCAUUGCUAGUGGUGUCAAUCUUCAGAACUUUCCUCCUCCCCCUUAUAACUCUCGGCGUCUGCUCGUCUUUUUAAAAAAUUACUGUCGUCGUACAUAUCCGCUUCUUGAACGCCCUACGCCGAUUGAUUCCGUUAGACCAAACCCCUCUCCGAGAGGCGGGAUAUACAUUCUGCUCGACCGCCACAUCAGUCUCCCACCCCGUCCUAUCCACAACCCCUCUAUUCCCUCCAGUAAACUUAUGAUCGUCGUGGUCUCAGGACUAGGGUGAUAAAUAAUGCUUACGGAAUGUGAAAAGCUCCUUGGUCAAGGGCUUUUACGACUUCCCGUCGAACACAACUACCGCUAUGGGCCCGCAGCGGAGAAAGCCCUGCUAGAGCUGCUCUUUCACUCCUUAACCGGACACAAUAAAGAACGACUGGCACAGCUAUUUCCGAACGGACUCUCAAAUGGCUCAUGGAAGCUGGCAGAAGCCCAGGGUGCCGUGGAAGGUGCGGAAUACACAGAAGCUGCGCGGGGUAAACGCUGCGGACAUAUCUUUCGUACUGGGGAAGCAACAUAUCGAUGUACCACUUGCGGGAUAGACGAGACUUGUUGUCUUUGCAGCCGAUGCUUUGAGGCAUCCGACCACAGCACGCAUCAAUACCAAGUGUACUUGUCGCCGGGGAAUUCUGGUUGUUGUGAUUGUGGUGAUGAAGAGGCUUGGCGGACCCCUAUGUUUUGUGCGAUCCAUACGGAUACAGGGGAGGAUAAGGGCAAGGGGCGGGCAGGAACUCAGCUUCCGGAAGACUGGGUGAAUAAUAUUAAGAUGACUGUUUCCCGUGCGCUUGACUACUUCUGUGAUGUCAUUUCAUGCUCCCCGGAACAGCUGCGUUUGCCGAAGACAGAGGAAGGUAUUAGACAGGAUGAGGAGGCAUCUCGCCUUCACGCUGGAUGGUAUGGUGAGGGGGAUGAAGUAGAAGAAGAGCCAGAGUUCGCCCUCGCCCUUUGGAACGACGAGAAACACACGAUCCGAGACGUUUCCGAACAAGUUAGUCGAGCCUGUCGGGAAAAAGCGAUAUACGGAAGGGAGAAAGCCCACGAGACAAACGAUAUGGGACGAAGCGUCGUGAAGUACGGAAAGGACCUAAAGCGGAUGCUGGCGGUUUCGAAAAUCAUCGAGCAGAUCAAAGUCACAACCACAAUCCGCUCCGCGCGUGAUACGUUCCGUGAGCAGAUGUGCGGAACUAUUGUGGAGUGGUUGGCCGAUAUUGCUGGAUGUAGUAUCUCAGAUGACAACAACAUUCUGCGCCAGACAGUCUGUGAGGAGCUUUUGGGUUCAUGGAAGCGCGGCAGCGGUGCCUUCAACGCCGCCAUUGGCCGACAAGGAAUUGACGAUCAUGCCAGAGUGGAAGUAGAGAGAAUUCGCACUGUUAUGGUACGCGUGACGCCACAAGGCGAGGUAAUUCCUCCGGAUGAGGAUGAUGAGGACGACAUUGAGAAUGGAGACGACGAAGCCAAUGGUGAUGGUGAUGGUGACGGCGACGAAGACGAGGAAUUUAUUGAGUCCCUUGUUGGGCCACAGGAAGACGCUGAUGACGGCGACGAUGAAAUGGAACUCGAGAUCACUCGGCUGCGCGAAGACAUUGUUGAUGAUGAUGCCGAUAUGGUAAUGGGCGGUACAGAUGACGCUUUACAAAUGGCCCAAGCUAUCCUUGGAUUCGCGUCGCCAUUCGCCCAACGGCGGGCUGAACAGCAGGAGCAGCAGGAGCAACAGGAAGAAGAGCAACAACAAGAGCCAGUCGCACCAGAAAAUCAUCCGCCACAAGGCCCUCAAUCUGGCGGGCCGCCGCGUAGCGAACCCCAAGCUACCCAUGAGGACACUGAUACCCAGGGAAGCUCGUAUCAUACGCCGAUUCCUAGGACUCCCUCUCGCGUACGACGUCCUCCCUCUGCAAAGACACCGAGCCACUGGCAAGUUCGUCCGUCCGCUCCUGUAACGGGUGGAAAUGUGCCUCUUUAUGAAGACCUGUGGCAGCGCACACGACUUGAUUGGAUGAUUUUGUUCGAUCUGAGAUUGUGGAAAAAGGCCCGUACUGACCUUCGCGAUCUUUAUCUCAGUACUGUGGUGAACGUGCCACAGUUCAAGCGAGUUAUGGGCUUACGUCUGUCUUCUCUCUACAGCGCGCUUGCUCAGCUGUAUCUGAUCGCAGAUCGAGAACCGGACCAUUCGAUCAUCAACCUGACCUUGCAGCUUCUUACCACCCCGUCGAUUACAGAAGAGAUUGUCCUGCGUGGCAACUUCUUGACCAAGGUCAUGGCUAUUUUAUAUACUUUCCUGACCACUAGGCAAGUGGGCGAACCGUACGAAGUCAAUCCCAACGCAACCUUGUCCUUUGAUGCGGGGUCCGUGAACAACCGGCGUCUCUAUCAUUUCUUCUGCGAUCUACAUUACCUAUUACAGUCUGAAUAUGUGCAGAGUCGGGUGCGAACCGAGGAACAGUACCUUUUGCAAUUCCUCGAUUUGAUCAAGCUCUCACAGGGGAUCUGCCCCAAUAUCCGUGCUGUAGGAGAGCACGUGGAGUACGAGAAUGAUGCAUGGAUCAGCGCAUCGAUUCUGAUGCGCGAAAUCAACCGGUUGUGUAUCGCAUUCCGCGAAGCGUUCAGAAAUCCCGAAAUUGACCAGGGUCAUAAUUUGUUGCGGGCGAUCACACUAGCUACCAUCUCUACUAUAGUCCACUCUGUUGGAUGCGAACGCAAGAGGUUUGAACAAGCUGAAAUCAAGGAAUAUAUUCGUUUCAAGACGCUCCAGCCGUUUGACUUUGAGGUUGAUCAGCCGGAUAAGUUCUCCCGCCAUCGUGUGGUGGACUUCGUUGUGGAGAAGGGUGCAAUGAGUUUCCACCAUGCCCUCCAUUAUACUGUCUCAUGGUUGCUGGAUUGCGCUCGUGGCAUGAGCCGUGAGUUAUUGCGUGAGGUUCUCUUCAGCGCCGCCGAAGUCGCCAACGAUAAGUUUAUUCUUGACAAUGAGCUUGGACCGGAAGACUUACUGCUUGCAAUGUUUGACUAUCCCCUCAGGGUAUGUGCCUGGCUGGCGCAGAUGAAAGCUGGCAUGUGGGUGCGUAAUGGCCUCAGCUUGCGUCACCAAAUGUCACAGUACCGCGGAGUCUCUUGUCGUGAACUUGGCUAUUAUCGUGACAUUUUCUUGCUUCAGGCGUCAUUGGUGACAUGCAACCCCAGCAGAGUCCUUGCUUCCAUCGCAGAUAGAUUCGGAGUCGUGGAUUGGAUGACUAGGAACUAUAUCCCGCGUACCGGUCACGAAGAUACAAAGAUUAUUGAUGUUGUUGAGGAGUUUGUCCUUUUGUUGAUUGUUCUUUUGACCGAUCGACACUCGCUCACCACCGACGGGGACAGUGAUUCUUCAAUCCACCAGAAUAUGAGCCGCGAAAUCGCCCACGUUUUAUGCUUUAAGCCGCUCUCAUUCUCUGACCUAUCCACCCGUCUGAGCGACCAGGUGCGAGACUCGGAUGAUUUCCAGGACGUCCUAGAGAAUAUUGCACGAUUCCGGCCUCCUGAGGGUUUGAACGAUUCUGGUACAUUCGAGCUCAAACCAGAAUUCAUCAGUUUAAUAGACCCAUACAGUGCGCAUUAUACCAAGAACCAGAGAGAUGAGGCCGAGAGCAUUUACAGGGAAUGGCAGGCCAAGCAAACAGGAAAGCCCGCUUCUGAUAUUGUUUUUGAACCUAAGCUGCGGCCUCUGACCUCCGGUGCCUUCUCCGAUCUGGCUCACUUUACUCGGACACCUCUAUUUGCUCAAAUUGUACACCAGUGUCUGGAUUAUGUGAUGUCUUCCAAGGAUCGAACGCCCGCAAUUCCCCCCACGCGUGUCGAAACUUUCCUCCAGGUUGUUCUCCAUUUGGUCCUUUCGGCUAUCCUCGAGGACCAUACCGAUGAAGAGAAUCUCGAUGAAGAUUCCGUGGAUUCAUUCGUUUCUCACGCAUUAACCAAGGCCAGGGCUACACAAAUGGGCAACCUGACCAUUGUUGGUCUUCUGGAGAAGAUAUCCAGCAUGAACGAGUUUUCUGCAUGUGGCCCGAAGAUUCGACACAUCCUGAAGCGCCUCUGGCAGAAGAGACCCCGCGCCUACAACCAUGCCACUGCUUCAUUGAUGUUCCCAUUCGACCGAAUCGACACAAACUCACCCGCCAUUGAUGCGGAGGGUGAAAAGGAGUUGAAGAAGAAGCAAGCUCUUGAACGCCAGGCCAAGGUGAUGGCUCAAUUCCAGCAGCAACAGCAGAAUUUCCUCAGUAACCAUGAAGGCAAAAUUGAUUGGGGUGAUGCCGACUUGAGUGACAUGGAGUCAGAGCCUGAGGCCGUCCCGGAGGCCAAGCUUUGGAAGUACCCCAGCGGCACUUGCAUUCUCUGUCAGGAAGAAACAAAUGACUCGAGACUAUACGGCACGUUUGCGCUUAUUCAGGAUAGCAACAUUAUGAGACAGACCGAUAUUCAAGAUGCGGACCUGAUUAGAGAGGUGCUCAAGACACCACCAAGUCUUGACAGAUCGGCUGAAGAUAUUCGCCCAUUUGGUGUUGCUGGUGAAAACCAUAUUACAGUACGACGACUAGACUCUUCGGGAGGAGAGGUUACCGGCGAGAAGAUUGGGCUGAGCAAAGGCUUCAAUCCGAAGAACACUGUGCGCGGCCCUGUAACAACGGGCUGUGGGCAUAUCAUGCACUAUACAUGUUUCGAAGUCUACUUCACAGCAACCCAACGGCGCCAUACACAGCAAAUCGCCCGAAACCACCCGGAGCGCCUGACUCACAAAGAGUUCGUUUGCCCUCUCUGCAAGGCCCUGGGGAACGCUUUCCUCCCCAUUACCUGGAAGGGCAAGGAAGAGCUGUAUCCGGGUCCCUUGGAGACAAAACUGCCAUUUAAUGAGUUCGUGGAUCAUGAAGUCAAGUCUGUUCUUUCACAUGAGCAUAAACUGAACUACGCGCUUAUUGCCGAGAAUGGCGAACUACAACAGCAGGCAUACCAGGGGCUUUUCCGGAACUACCUUUCCAGGACUCUCGUACCUCCGCUUGCUGGUAGGGUGGGUCAGCUACAGUCUUCUUCGCUUCCAUCGACCUCCCUUUUCAUCCCACAAGCUAGGUUACCUAUGCCCGGCUUGUUCCCACCGACCGAAGAGUCUGCUUCUCUCAGUUCCCCGCAGCAGGUCCCGACUUCCUCGAGUGACAGCCCCAUGUCUGAACUUCUUCAGAUUUACUCACGAUUGAAGCAAACCCUCCGUCUGAAUCAGAUCCAUUCAACCUUCAGUCACCCGCCUGAUACUGCCAGCAGCGAUGACAUAGUACAUACAGAUUCUUUGUUCCAGACCUUCGGAUUCAGUAUCGCUGCGGUUGAGAUUGCACAGCGUGGCGUGGAGUCUGAGCCGGGCUCGACGCUUCUAGACAAGAUCCCCCAAUUGACCUUGACUCACCUCCGGGUCCUGGCAGAGACGGCAUUAACAUAUGCAUCAGUCGGUGGUUUGUACAGCAAAACAGGCCAUACCAGCCGGUCAUUGGAUGAAUUCCGUGAAAUGCACCGCCAAAAGCUGUGUCAGCUGUUUGUUGGUCACCCGUUCUUCGAAGGUUUAUCUCUUCUAAAUGAUGUUCACCAAAUCGAACCGCUAUUUGCGAAGGACACAUUCGUUUUUCUGGCUGAAUGCUCGGUCGCCCUUCUACCAGUCCUUGACUUUGAUGUCCGUCACUUGGUGCAAAUGUGUUAUGUGGCUGAGAUCGUGAAGGUUGCCGCGACGUACAUACUCUGGCCGAUGGGACUAAAGGAAGAAUUGGCCGAGAACGGUGACGCACACUACCUCUUGGAGAUGGAGCUUUCAGAUGAACGAUUUGAAGUUACUCGACAGUUUUUCAACACAGUUGUUGCAGAACUCAAGAGUAACUCCGUGGGGCGAGCAAAGGGCUCUUCGUUCCCUGCUGAACUCGGCUAUGUCAAGGAGGGAGAGGGCUCUGCCACUCCUGGAGUUAUAAUAGCUCUGCGACGUCUUAUCUCGAGCUAUGCUCUAACUUUCUUGCGAAAGGUAGCCAUUUUGCUCCAUGUGCAACACGGAGUUGAGUUCCCCAGUACCGGCUACGGUGAUAUGGACGCGUCGGAGCUAGACCGCCUAACCAAAACUCUACGCAUGCGUUCUCUUGAUGAUAUAUUUGCAUCGAUAAAAACCGCUCGUGCAAGUGGCGAUCCAUUCGAUGCUAUGGUCUCGGGCUGGAUCUUCCACUGGAAUGCCUCUCGCGCCGGCGUUCGCAUUGCAGACCACAAAUUGUGGCCUAGCCUUUCGCACCCGGCUAUUUUCGAACUGGUUGGGCUACCGAAAUAUUUCGAUAGUCUCAUCGAGUUAGCCAACCGACGUCGCUGUCCAAACUCGAAAAAGGAACUCACCGAUCCAAGCAUCUGCCUGUUCUGUGGAGACAUUUUCUGCUCGCAGGCUGUUUGCUGCAUGGAUAGCACCGGUUUGGGCGGAUGUAACCAGCAUGUUCUAAAAUGCGGCAAAAAUAUUGGCCUGUUCAUCAACAUCCGCAAAUGUACCGUUCUCUAUUUGCACAACCACAGCGGCUCGUGGCACUUUGCCCCAUACCUUGAUCGCCAUGGCGAAGUCGACCCAGGUCUCCGACGAAGUAGGCCGCUCAUGCUGAACCAGAAGCGAUACGACAGACUUAUUCGUGACGUCUGGCUAGCGCAUAAUGUUCCCGCGACUAUUAGUCGUCGACUAGAAUCUGAUGUUAAUAACGGGGGGUGGGAGACUAUCUGAUAUGAUUGACCGAGAGCGACUAAUGAAAUGAUAUGGGCAUGAACGAGGAAUGGGGUUAUUGAAAAUAGACUAUGACGAUUUCAGCUUGCUGUAUUUAUUCGCUGUAUCUAUUCUUUUCAGUCUUCCUUUUUAUUUCCUGAGUAGUAUAGUGGUUCUCUUGCGUGCAAAAGUUGAUUUCACGAUUUCAGUAGUUUAUGGAUAUACCUACUCUAAAGACACCGUUGGAGAUAUACAGAA